AGUCAUUUUUGUUUUCGUGCUCGUGGCUCUACGCUGUUUUGUUACGACGUGCGUUCGUUGCUCUUAUUGUCCACUGUGCGAUCAACGAGAAGCCAUUUUGUUAUUACGAAAGCGUUCGUUAAGAUUGUUUUUCGACCAUUCCAUACCGCACAAUAUUGUUCCUGCUGUAGUCGUGACGCUGCCGUAAAUCAAUUGUGUUUAGUUCAUAUUAACGUUAACGCGACAUGGCUUGUGCUACGCUUAAAAGGUCGUUGGAUUUCGAACCACCGAUGUGCAGACCCACCAAAAGACAAAGGUGCACGCCUAUGAGCAUAUCGCCAUCGAGCUCGCCACCAAAUAGCUCCCGUUCGGAAUAUGUUUCACCACAUUUUGGGGGCGAUAUUGUACCCAAAAUCACAGCAGAAAUGUUGUCUGCCAGUUUGACUGAAGAAGUCCAAAGAAUGCGUCGUAAACGGCAGUUGAAUAUGGAAAUAUCGGAAAAUCGCAAUCUUGACGACAGUUCAUCAUCUGAUAGCUCAUCUGAAAAUACAUUUCCAUCAUCAGCAAAAGAUAAACCACUGUUCACUUUUCGUCAGGUUGGCAUUAUAUGUGAACGUAUGUUAAAUGAACGUGAAAGUCAAUUACGUGAAGAAUACGAUAAGAUUUUAAAUAUGAAACUGUCAGAACAGUAUGAAGCUUUUGUAAAGUUUUCCAAUGACCAACUCCACAGACGUUUUGAAGCUGCAGAAGAUCCUAGUUAUUUGUCUUAACUGUAUCAAAUACAAGCGAUGAUUUUGAAUUUACAACAAAAUUUUAGACGCACUUAAUAGAUAAAUAAUCAGCCUUAAGUCAACAAUCGACUGACUAAUAAUUUUUUUUUUUUUGUAUUAUACAUUUUUGUAAACUCAAUAUAAUUAAAUUAAUUUAAAAUAUAUGAACUUCAUGAUAUUA